AUGGCACGUUGGUUCUGUGACUACUGGCGCAUCGUGAUCCCGCCCAAGUCGCUCGCCGAGAUCGACGCCGAGCGCUGGCUGCUCGUGUGCCCUUUACCUGGCGAGAGGUCGUGCCAGUGCCGGCCGUUCUUCCGGUACUACAUUCUAAUCGCCGCCGCGCUUGUGCAGUUUGUCUGCGGCGUCCUCUUCUCCAUGACCAUCAUCUCCAAGCCGUUUGACUUGAACGUGUUCGGCGCGUCCACCAACAACCGCAACGCGCAGCUUACGAUCGAGAGCAGCGUCGCGAUCGCUCUCGCCAUGGCCUUUGUGGGCCCGGCCAACGAGCGCCGCGGGCCGCGCUGGAGCAUGCUCGUCGGUAGUAGCCUCGCGAUUGUGGGUCUGUGCGCGAUCCAGAUUGCACUCUGGGCACGGAUCUGGGCACCGCUGGUCGUCGGCUGCAUCGGCUGCGGCCUCGGCUAUGGUUUUCUCGUGAUUGCCGCCGUCUCGACCGUACAGAAAUGGUACCCAGAUCUGCGCGGAUCGGCCCUCGGCGUGAGCAUGCUGGGCUUUGGCGCUGGCCAGAUUGCGUGGAACGCGGCGUUCGAUUGUGUCCGCGACCACCUCGCCGACGAGAUGGUGCUCAACACGACGUUCCUCUUUGUGAUUCUGCUCCUCUCGCCGCUCCUCGCGUUUGGAAUCGUUGCGAUGCGGACGCCGCCGUCGAGCUUCCGCGUGCACGGCCACGACAUGCACGGCGUCCCAACCGAGGCUGUGCCGAGUUCGACGACGCUCCAAGACGACUACUACAACAUUGGCAUGACCCUGGUCAACUACUCUGCGCUGACGCUGCCGCGUCGGGACGGACCGGUCGCGGGCACGGAACGCGCGUACCACGAACAGGUCCGGGGCUUGACACUGCUGCAGUGUAUUUUCUCGACCGACUUUCUCUGCCUCGUGGUCGCAUCGGCCGCGCUCGCGUGUACGGGGCUGCUCUACGCCGAGAUCUCGGACCCGACCGACGCCGACCGGAUUCCACGUUGGUUCAACACGACGAGCAACGAGAACGUCCGGCUACACGCCGACAUUGCGGGUCUGCUAAGCCGCGUGGUGUGCCCGAUGCUCUCGGAUGCGAUAAGCAAAGCACUCUACUGGAACCCGGCGUUCGCGCGCAAGGUGGUGUUUCUCUUGCUGCUGUUGCUGCCCGCCGUGUCGUUGCCGCUCCUGCUCGACACCCUCGACGACUUUGCUCGGCUCAAAACCAUGAUUUACAUCGCCAAGACCGCCGCGAACGGCGGGUUUGCGGUCAUCGGCUGCUUCCUCACUGAUCUCUACGGCGUCUACAACAUGAGCACGAUGUACGGGCUCGUGCUCGCGGGCUGGUCCCUCGGGUCGGUCGUCGUCGCAGUGCGCUUCUCCGGCGACCGCACCGACUACUUUGAUCAAGUGCAGCUCAUUUGGGUGCUCUGCCUCGUCGGGUUUUGCCUCAUGGUCUUUGUCCGCACCGACAGCAUGGACCGGUUCUACCACGGCUACCAGCUCUCGAUCUGCGGCAAGACGGUGCUUCAAAUCCCGUUCAAGCGCCGACCUGAGGCGUCGUCCACGGUGAUGGACCCUUGCAGCUUGAGCAUGGCGACCUUGGGACGACUCAGCAGCAAGCACCAGCUCGUGUCGGCAACGUCGCUGAGCAAAACGAUGAGCUUCAAGCACGAUGGCGCGUUCUUUAUUGUGCGCUCCGAUUCCGAGGCCAGUGUCGGCCACUUGAAUGUAUGACCCGAGAGAAGGGCAUGCGUUUUUGCCUAUAAAUUAGUAGUAUUUAC